UUGGCUUAGAGUGGCGGCAGUGAGGCAUUUCACAAGAUCAUUACCAACUGUAUGCGGUGUUAACAGCAUCAGUUUGUCACCGGUUUAGAAGGAAGACACAACGUAUUCACGACAUACGGCGCAUAACAAACGAAACGUUACAAAAAAAAAAAAAAAAACAAAAAAUAAAUAAAACAAAUUUAAAGAAAAAAUUAAAAAAAACAAACGACAAAGAUUUUGUAUGUGUGUGUGUUAUAUUUUUAAAAUUUUUAAAUGCAAUUUUUAUAAUUAAAACUUGCCAAACUGCACUUGAGAUCAAUAAAAGGAAAUUUGCGAAAGAAGACAUACAGGCAGUCAGUAAAUCGGUAAAUCGGUUAGUCAGUCAGCCAGCCAGCCUGCCUGCUAGCAAGUGCUUUAACUAACUCGUUUUGUGAAUGGUUUUCCGUCACUUCAGUUUUCCAACUUUGGUAUGUUGGCCAUGAUCUUGUGGUGAUUUUUCAAGAUAUUUGUUUUGUUUUUUUCUUCAUUUCGCUACGCGACGUUAUGGUGGCACAGUUUUAAAUGCACGCAUUGAUACGCACGGAACUUGAAAAAAAAAGUUUUAAAUAAAAACCAAGCUUGAGACAAACCUCAGCAAGUAAGACGACCAUCGACGUCAAGAUCCAUAAAAAGCAAAUAAAGUGACAAAUUCCAAUUUUGUGAAAGUGAUGAAAAUAUCAGCACCAAAAACGACAUAAACUUCAUAGUAGAUCUUUAUACCUUUUUUAGAAUCAUGGCCAUGUGUGAGAAAGUUUAAGCCAAACAACGCACAAAAACAAAGUUCCGAUAGCUGCCAUUUAAAUUCAAAAUGUUAAAUUCCGUUCGACUUUUUCCAAGUGAAACCCAAUCAGAACAAUACCCUCCUCCUCCUCCUCGUCCAUUAAAUGCGGCGAAUAGAAAAUCAUUAAAAAUGAGAGAGAAUGAAGAGCAGCGGCUUUUGUUGGCGGACUCCAAAGAAAUGUUAAAUCAUUGUGCGAUUUAUGGCCAAGGCUGUAAUAAAAAUCAGCUCAGUAGGUUAGGAGUAAACAUAGAAGGCAGCUGUAGCAGCAGUACAAACCGGACGAAGAGAUCAUGCCUAAGCGGUUUAGGGGCACUUAAGGCCAAAUAUAAACAAAAACAGCAAAAGUCACAGCUUGAGCUGUAUAAGCACAACUAUCAUCAAAUUCAGCAAACACCGGAGACUCAGGCUCAUCUGAAAAAUCAACAGCCUGAAAAGAGUCAACAGCGACGACGACAGCGACUAAGACCACGAGAAUGCCAUCAUCAUCAUACACAAUCACGACAACAAUGGUGGUUUCUGUUUGGCUCACUUUUUAUGGUCGCCACUUUCUUAGAAUACUCAGUGCCAAUAGUCAAAGCGUAUCAAAAUUUCGAUGCCAAUGCAACAGCUAAUGCUGAGCAUGAUGAUGGCAGCAGUAACUAUGGCAAUGGAACAACAACCACUACAGAGUCAUCACUACCUACCACAACAUCAUCAUCACUAAUUUUGGCGAGCUAUUCUGCCCCCUGGCUACCGCCAAAUAUGGCCUUGAAUGGUACAGCCUCAAGAAGCGAAUGGUUGAGAAAUGACACUUCAAGAUUUGCCAAAAAGAAACUCAAGAAUAAAUUCAAUGGGGACGAUUCCAUAUUUUUGCGUUUUGCCAAACGUUUUACGGAUGACAAUAACCUGGUGUCCGGUAUCAUACAGGAUUGCUAUCACAGGCCUACAUUUUCCUGCUUCCAGAAAAACGUCUAUGUCUAUCUCAAUGAAGUACUCGAUGCUGAGGAUGUAAAUGUGACACAGCGUUUGAAAUUCUAUCGCAAUGACAACAUCUACAUGGGAGAGGCUGAGCUCAAGACAGAUGUGCAGGAGGAGGAAGCAACUCAAGCUUCAGCGGCCAAAGACCCUGUAGUGGAAGAGGAGGUGGAGCAGCAUGAAAAUGAAAUUCCCCAUGAAGGGCGUUCCUUUGAAGCUCCAACAACGGAAACACCAAUCGAGGAAGUCACAAAUGCAUUGUAUGGCAAAAGUGUAAAAUUUGCCAUGACGCACAACAUUGAAUUGAAAUUGCCCGAAAUGAUGUUUGAUGGGGCCACAUUUCGCAUCUCACCCAAGUCCAUUGAGGGUAAUGGUGUCAUAGCCAAACUGGAGCUAAUACCAAAGCCAACCAAUGGUGCACGUUUGGCUGGAUUGAUUCUCAUGAAGAAACUUCAAAAAAUAAUGAAGAGCAAAAUUUUGUUAUCAUUUUUGGCCCUUGUUUUGAUCAUUAAGAUAAUCAAAGUUAAACUAUUUUGGUUACUACCCCUCAUCAUUGGUGUGGGAGCAGCCAAAAAGUUGCUGUUGAAAUUCCUUCUCUUCCUAUUUCCGGCAUUGUCACAUCUCUUCAAGCUAUGUUCGUAUUAUCAGCAGACAUAUCAUUCGACCACGAAAUACCAUCAUCAUCAUCAUCACAUUGAUCAUCAUCAUACGGUUGUUCCUCCAUGGCAUUCGGCGGAGGCAUCCAAUGUACCCGAAGUCAUUUACUCACAUCCUCCCAAAGGACAUAUUUCAACCUAUCUACAUGGAGCUCCUAUACAUGAAAACUAUGGUCCCCCACCACCUGGUCGUGGUCAUGGUCCCGGCCACGGUCAUGGUCAUGCACAUUAUGAGGGUGGUUGGGAAAAUUCCGGUCCUGGCUUAGGAUCAGAAUAUAUAAGCGAUAUUAAUCGUGUAGCACAUGUCGAAGACGAUUCAAAUUUUUUUAAACCGCACUCCAGCGAGGAUGCUAAUGAAUUACACGCUUGGGGAUUGGGCACAACGCCCUUUACCACACAGAAAAAGCGUACACCACCACACAAAAAAUUCUCAACACCUCUACAAAAACCAAAUAUUCUAAACCAAACCCCACAAAAUUAUCAAAAGCCUCAAGCCACUAGUCAGACAUUUAAUCCAUUUCAAACGCCUGACGACAAGCAAAGUUUCUUCAACAACAAAUACCGAAAUAACAUCAUAUCACAAUCAGCACCAGGUCCUGUCUACAGUCCCGGAGGACAAUCGCCGCUAAAGCCACAAAUUCAAGAGGCCUUAUCAACAGCUGGGCACAUAGCUGCCCAAUAUGAUCUCACACGCAAUCAAUUGGCACAAGCAUCAAAUGACUUGACGCCAGAACAAGCAGCUCAGGUGAAGGAAGCUCUAAGGAUACAAGCUGAACAGCGUUUGGUGCAACAGCAGCAACAGAUAUUGGAAAAACAACCAUUUGUGCAGGAUGGACAGCCCUUGAUGCCCUUAAACUAUGACCCUUUCUAUAGUCCUAUACUAUUGAAAAUCGAUAAAAUCAUUGAACAACUUGGCAUCAAUGAUGAGGCCUGCAAGGAGCGAGUGAUUUGCAGCAUGUACAAGGAUCCAGAUCGUUAUAGCCCUCAUAGUAAUUUUGUUUCAGCUGAAUUGAGCCGUGAUACAAAUGAAUUGCAGCCCAUUACGAGUACCAAUCAAUCGGUGAUACGUUUCUUCCGCUUCAUACAAGCGGCCCGUGAUGGUCAGGACAGUAAGAAUUGCUUGGACCUUUAUCCCAAUUGCAACAUUAAUACCGAGUAAAAGAUGUGUCCAAGCCUUAGUGAAAUAAAAACCCUUUACGGUGCGAGUCCUUUGUGUAAAGUCAUUAAAUUUAAUUUAAAUUAUUUGUU